AUGGCCUCUAUUGGUGCAUUAUUAAUGUUUCUGCCUGUUGCAUGGACAUGCUCACCUCAAAAAGCAGGUGAGAUAGUUUUGACACUAUUUGGUAAAGGCUGAUGCUAUUGUCAUAGUUUUAAAGAAUUAUUUUAUGCUUAUGGUAUUUUGUAUUUAAGUCAUACUGGAGAUUUUAUUUACAGUUGCCAAGGUAACAAAUUAGAUUAGACUUUAUGCUUAGACAUGGAGAAAGGUCUCAACUAACAAAUUAAGCAAGAAAAGUUGCACAAAUCAAAAAAAGUUUAGAGAUUAUUCACAGAAAAUCUGAGUGAUUGUAUACAUGUAGUACAAGAUUCAAGAAAAUGUAAAAGUGGAAACAGGUUUAAGUUUGUCUUUUCUUCUUUAGACUACGUUAUGGUGUCGUGUUUUCCCAACACCAUAAUUGCAAACGUCCCUGAGUGCCCGUACGGCUGGGAGAUCGACCAGCUCUCUCUGGGUGGGGUCUGUUACUCGGGGGUACACAGUCCAGGUUACUACCGCUUUGUCAUCUCAGACCUGACUCCCAGAAACCACUCGUACUGCGGCACCCAGUCUGAGGUGAGACAUCCCAUAAGCCGGAGGUAGUUUUCAAUUCUUAUUUUCUUUAUUUGUUCUGAACAAAAAAAGUAUUUAAAAACGACUUAUUUUGACAUGCACUUAACGACAGCAUGUCACUAUCAACCUGUUGCAUCAAGAGGGGGAUGGGGCAGGAGAGAAACCCCUGAAAAUAUAACCUAAAGAAAAAAAGGUGUUUGAAAAAAAAAUUUGUAUUCAUGUCAAUGUGGUCGAAGAAAAAUAUAGAAAGCAGAAGUCUUUUAGUUUUCUUUUUAAAAAUGCCGACCUCCAUUAUUUUCCACAGUACAUGCCCGGUAAGGACCCCAAGUACAUUUUCUACAACUCCAUCGUGUCAAACGACACCUCGCUCACAGUCAGAAACCAGCCCGUGAACUACACCUUCAGCUGCGUUUACCGAGCAGCCUACCUGGUGAAUAACGCCGUCUUCAGCCAAAGGUAAGCAUCGAUCCGGAGACGCGAUGCGACCGCAGUCACUGAGUGGGCGAUCUGUGCAUUCUGACCCAAAUACUUGCAGCCUUUUUACUAAACCCUCUGCUUUUUCCAGAGUGGCUACAGUUUAUGUCAACAACGGGAGUUUAGGCACUUUUAGGUCACAGUUGUCUAUGGGUGUGUUCACGGUGAGUAGACCCUCGCAACUCCGUUUCACCAAGGGGAGUAUAUUGCAAUUCAGUUAUGCUACUCUUGAAUUAUUUCAUAAACUCAGUGCAGAUUAGAAAAAUCAAAGUAUAGGUAGAAGUUGUUGAAUGUACAUCUGUCAGUCAUUUUGUGUGAUUAAAAGACUUUUUUUGGGUGGUCAGAUGAUUGAAAAACAUUUUUACAUUUUAUUUUACAGAAUUCAAAGUUUUUGUAUGUGAGGGAUGCGCCGUAUGUGAUUGACACGUCUGAGAUUGGCUCUGAGGUCUUCAUGGGUAUAGAGGCAAAAGGACUAAGUAACAGGUACAAACGUAACAUAUUUCAUCAAGAUUUUCAUGAUAAUCCUCAGAGUAUAUAUUUCUAUAACUUGAUUGCCUCUCUAUGUUUUCCAAAGUUUUAAUGGUGUCUUGCCAUCCAUCUAAGGUUCAAAGUUGUAAUAAACAACUGCUGGGCCACUCCCACUCCUUACUCAACAGACAAGAAGAGGUGGAGUCUCAUCCUUAACAGGUACUAUCAUUUUUCAAAGUCUUGUCUUGAUUUGAGUUGGAGUGUUGUGCAGGGAAAGGUUCAGGUCUUCAGUCAGAUCCUGGUUUGCAAAGACUAUAGCAUCUUCAUAAGUGGUGCGCACAUGACCAACCAAGCCACAAGUCAUUUUUACAAAGGUAGAGAGAUCUUUGGGGCUUUACUGACCCCCCGCUUGCCAGUCUGGGUGCCUUUCUUUUUUCGUAUGUAAAGUAAAAGAGGUUUUGUCUUUCAACAGCUGCCCCUCUGACACUACUGUGACUAUUUUUGAAAACGCCAAAGACAGCCGCUCCAUGUUCAAGUUCAACUCAUUCCGCUUCCAACGGCUGGAGAAGGUGUCCACUGUCUGGCUUCACUGUGAGGUCACGGUUUGUGAUGGAGAGAGACUCAACUGUCUGCCUGUGAGUAGAAACACUCAGUAGGUUUACAUGCACAGGCAAGUCAAGCUACAGUUAUAGCUUGAUUAGAAAAUAAACUGGACUGCUGUUAUUGUACCAGUUUUACAUCUCCUUUUACAUAUUAUAAACAACAGGAUGAGAAUUUUUUGGCAGGAAAAUAAAAACACAAAAAAUACAGCUUUUGUCCACAUGGGGCGCCAAAUCAACACAGACCGAAUGUUCCUUAUAGGAGCUUUAGACUAAUACUUGAAGCCUUUGCACCGGUUAUUUGCCUCCCUCUUCUGGCAAAUGGAGGAAAUACACAAAAAAUACUCAAUGAUUUAUCAUGAAAAAAAAGUGAUGCAGUUUAAAAGACAUAGCUUGAAACACAUAUAUUACAAAGACAAACCUGUUCAGAGGCGUUAACACUACAUUUGUCUGCUGGUCUGUUUCUCUCUACAGGCUCCAGUAUCAAUCCUCACUUUUAACCACUUUACCUUUUUCCAACAUUCAUACAUUUUCACGUUUUCCAGCAAUAGAAACUUUUCUGGGACAGUUUUCAGGUUUUCUUGUCAUACCUUCUGCUGUUGUUUUGCUUUACACCUCCACAGCUGUUUUACCCAAAGUACAUGAAAAUUUGUUUCUUCUCCUAGAGCCCGUGCUCAGUAAGAAGUCUGUCAACAGAAGCAGAACCAAGUGGGGGGAUCCUGACUGCAGAGUUUCACCUUAAAGGCACAGUACACCUUCAUUAAAUACUUGAUGUAAAAAGUAAAAAAGAAAACCCUCGGUCAUUUCGAAAAAUGCUUAUUUCAGAUUUACUUGUUCCUUUUUUGUGUAUAAAUAUAUAUAUCUUUAUCAAUAUUUGUUGAUGAGUUUAAUUCUCUUGACUGUGUUUUGAAUCCUAAUAAUCCACCGUAUUUUUACAGGUUAUACAUCCUCCAACGAUGGACAGACAAAAGGUGAAUAGAUCUUGCUGAUGAUCAGACAGUUGUUUACGUCCUAAAUUAGAUAUUCAUUCAGUAAAUUGUUUCUCUUUUCUUUCACAGACACGUCACUCUUUAUUCUGCUGGCAGUCCUGAUAAACACCUGCUACGAUUUAGUGAUUCGAUCAAUAAUUUAGUGAAAGUGUACAGAUAGAUAAUCAGCGGCAACAUCAUCCAG